UAUAACAGCCACCAAUAUCUUCUACAAGUUUCUUCAAUCAAUUUCACAUCGACCGGAAACCUGACUGUUAGCCGGUGGCCGGAGUGUUUCCGUUGUUAAUAAUACCGCCGGAAAGUUCGUUGCUUGACCGGAAUAUAUUCGGUUCAAUAAAAGAAGAUUUCAGGUUGCGAUCUCAAGAUGUUUUCGUUGAGUGCAAGCGUGGUUCCUAGCUCCACCUCCCAACUAGCAAGGUCCGAACUACCAAAAGUUGGGCAAAUAAAGUCUAGUAGCUUUUGCUCUUUGCCACUCAGACCGCUUACCACACAGCAUGCAACAUUUGGAGGAAAUAAUCAAAUUUUAUCGAGGAAGUCUGCUGCUUUUAUUUGCGCUGCAGCUUUGAAUGCUACGAUGGCUGCCGAGCAGACUCAAACUGUCACACGCCAGUCAUCAACAAUCACCAUUGCUCCUAUUCAAGGGAAGGAGAAGUCUCCGGACCUUGACGAUGGAGGGACUGGACUACCACCACGUGACGAUGAUGGCGGUGGUGGCGGAGGCGGUGGAGGAGGUGGGUGGUCGUCUGGCGGAUUCUUCUUUUUUGGGUUUCUUGCAUUUCUAGGGUUUCUGAAAGAUCAAGAGAAGGAGGGGACUUACAGGGAUUAGAGGGGAACUAGAUUCUUUCAGAAAUCAGAAUAAUCUAUAAGGUAGCUCCCAUGAUGAUUAAAAACAGAUGAUUAUAGAUUGAAACCUAGUAAUUCUGCUGUGAAUUUUGAGAUAUAUGACAUUACAUUAAAAUUUAAAUAAUAUUUUUACAUUGGCAUUGGUUUAAA